UGGAUCACGGCGGUAACAUGUCGACGGGGAACAGCACAGGCAUGGCACCGGCGAAGAGGGUAAUGAUGCACAUGGCGCUGUACUGGGGGAAGGACGUGUGGGUUCUGUUCGCCGACUGGCCGGGCUUCAGCCUCGGCCAGUACAUUCUCUCCCUGAUCGUCAUCUUCAUCGGCGCCGUCCUGGUGGAGUGGCUGUCGUUCUGCAAGGUGAAGAGGAUGAAGGGGAGCCCGGUUCUGACCGGCUUCCUGCAGGCCGUCCUCUACGGCGUCCGCGUCUUCUUCGCUUACAUGGUGAUGCUCGCCAUCAUGUCCUUCAACCUGGGGAUUCUGUUCGCCGCUGUCCUCGGCCACGGCGUCGGCUUUUGGGUGUUCGGUACUCAGUUUCUGAGGAAGCCGUCGCCGGCCGUGGAACCAGUUUUGAAGGAGUGUCCAGGCCAGUGCUCCUGAUGGUGUCUGCUGAUGUUGGCGUUCCAUUCUUCCUUUCCUGGUCCUUCCUGAGUUGAUCUUUCUUUUUCUGUCUUUCCAGUUUCUUCUUCAUGUACAUGUCUCUGUCUGUGUGUGUGUUGCUUGCACAUGGCUGCAUGUGAAUUUGUGUAUAUUGGCCAUGGCUGGUCAUAAAUUUGGGGUUCUUCUGGGUCCUCUUCAUCUGAUAUGGAUGCUGUUGAUUUUGUGGGUUUCAUGAUUAUUACAUGUCAAAAAA